CACUUUCACCCGGUGUAGUUGUGGGGAUCUAUAAAUACCUGCGAGCAUCUUCAUCAACCAUCAACUUCGCCGAAGACAUCCUUCCGACGUUUACUAUUUAGUGUGUGCAAGUGCGAGCAAGCAUGAGUUCUUUUAAAUUAGUGAGCUGCACACUUGCACUGUGUUGUUUGCUGAAUGGAUCUCUUGGGGGACAGCUCACUAAGCGUGACGCACCCAUAGCUGGAGGAUAUCCUUCCGGCCGUCCUUCCGGAAGUUACUUGCCUCCAGGCGGUGGGUCACAACCUUCUGGUAACUACGGUGCUCCUCAACCAUCCAACUCUUACGGAGCUCCCUCUGGAGGCUUCGGUGGUUCAGGAGGUUCCUUCCAAUCCCACGGCGGCUCCGGUGGUUCAGGAGGUUCCUUCCAAUCGCACGGCGGCUCCUCUUUCGGUCGUGGUAGUGGUGGUGGUGGUGCUCCCUCUCAGAGCUAUGGAGCCCCAUCCGGCGGCGGCGCUCCCUCCCAGAGCUACGGAGCCCCAUCCUUCGGUAAAUCUUCCGGUGGAUUUGGAGGGUCUUCCGGUUCAUUCGGCGGAUCUUCGUCUGGAUCCUACAACGGAGGUUCUUCUGGAUCUUUCGGCAAAUCAUCUGCUCCUUCCCAAAACUAUGGCGCUCCUUCACAAUCCUACGGUGCUCCAUCUGGUGGCAGAUCGCAACCUCAAAGCAACUACUUGCCCCCUUCCACUAGCUACGGAACCCCUGUGACUUCUUCUUUCAAGAGCUCGGGAUCAUCCUUCGGUUCAUCUUCCGGACAAUACAGUGCUCCUUCUAGCUCGUACGGAGCACCUUCUCAAGGUCGUAACUCCUUCGGCUCUGCUCCCUCCCAAAGCUACGGUGCUCCUUCUCAAGGACACGGUUCCGCUCCUUCCCAAAGCUACGGUGCUCCUUCUCAAGGUCACGGUUCCGCUCCUUCCCAAAGCUACGGUGCUCCUUCUCAAGGUCACGGUUCCGCUCCUUCCCAGAGCUACGGUGCUCCUUCUCAAGGUCACGGUUCCGCUCCUUCCCAGAGCUACGGUGCUCCCUCUCAGGGUCGUACUCCUUCCCAGUCCUACGGUGCCCCCUCCCAAGGUCACGGAUCUGCUCCUUCCCAGAGUUACGGCGCUCCCUCUGGUGGCCGUCCCUCUCAGAGCUACGGAGCUCCAUCUGGUGGAUUCUCUGGUUCCUCUUCGUAUUCGAGACAGCAGCCCUCUCAGAGCUACGGCGCUCCCUCCGGCGGAAACGGUCACGCUAGCAGACCUUCUCAAAGUUAUGGAGCCCCAUCUGGUGGAAACGGGUUCAAGAGUCAGCCUUCGCAAUCGUACGGUGCCCCGUCUCAGAGUUAUGGAGCUCCGUCUGGCCGCAACAAUGGAGGACAUGGAGGUUUUGGAGGGUCUGGCGGAUUCGGGGGAUCUAGCGGCGGACAUGGUAGCUUCGGCGGCGGCAGAAGCCAGCCUUCUCAGAGCUAUGGUGCUCCUUCUGCUCCAUCUCAGAGCUACGGGGCUCCUUCUGCUCCUUCUCAGAGCUACGGGGCUCCAUCUUCCGGAGGACAAUCGUACGCUAGCAACGGCGGAUACACCUACUAAGCAAUCGGACCACUUGUACAUAAAUAGAGUAAUUAAUUUAUUAAGGAAUGUGCAGUAUUAGUGCUAACCAGAAUUUUGUAUAAAUAAAAUGCUUUUUUUAUUA